AUGCAAAUAAAAGACGGAGAACGAGAAGAAGACGAAGUCGUUUCAGAAUCAGAAGAUAAUGGAAUUCCGAUUUAUAGUUCUUUGGAGAGUCUGCUCUUUAUUCCAAAAUCAAUGUCAAAAGAGCUAAGUGAAAAGGCUCUGAGAACUCAGGAGUUCCUUGAUAAAUGGAGCAACAAUCGCAGAAAAAUGUGUCGACAAAUGGAAGCAAUCGCUGAAAAACUUCAUAACUGGGAAAAAGGAUGUGCGAUUUCUACAACUGUCGGAAGUUCGGUUGGUGUUGCUUCUGGAUUCGCAGUCAUUGGAGGACUUUUUCUGAUGCCUCCAGUUGCAAUUGCGGGAUUGAUUGUUGGAACAGCUGCAGGUGUAUCGAAUCUUGCUACUGGAGUCACUAAAAUGAUGGUUUCGAAGUCGCAACACAAAGAAGUGGCAGCAUUGAUUGCAGAAGAUGAGAGACUUUUUGAAGAGCUUCUCGAAUCAAGAAAAGAAUUGAUGGAAACGAUUAGAAAGAUUGUUGAAGACGAAGAAUUCUACAAACAUUUCAAAGAUGAUGAAGAUGUUGAAAACAAGCUCAAAACUGUUUUCGGAUGUUCAGUAACAGGAAUCACUGGAUUAGGAACACGAUUCGCCAUUACAUCAAUGGGUCGCCUCUCUUCUUCUCUCGUCAAAGGAGUUCUCCACAGUGUUGCUGUCAUUGGGAUAAUUCUCGAUAGCGUCACUUUGGCUAUGAGCGUCAAAACUCUCGAAAGCGGUGCAGCAUCCGAGUUAGGAAGCAAUAUACUCGAAGCAUCCGGAAAGCUCGAAAUGAUGCGUCAGAAAGUUGUCAAACAUUUUUUGAAUGAAGAUGUCUGGAACAAAGAUGACGAUCAGCUUUCUGAUAUGGGAUCAAUCGAAAUUCUGAGUGCAGAAUCUCCUAUUCAGAGAUACAUGGCAGCAACAUCAUCUGAACAACAAAAUUGA